CGGCCCCCGCACCCCGGCCAUGAGGUCGGACCGGAGAGACGGCACCGGUGCGGGGAGGUAAGCGGAGCCCCGGCGCCGCCUUCCUACCCCCGGGCAGCCACAGCGGCGGGGAAGAAGACGGGGUGGAGGAAGGGAAAGGGAUUUUUUUUUUUUCCAACUAUAUCUAUAUAUAUAUUUUGCUGCCAUCAAUCCCUAUCCCACAACUGAAGCCCCCGGAGGGAGAAGUGCUGUGCGCUGUGAUGCGUCUUCCUCUCGCCUCGGCUGCCAGUUUGGAUUGUAGCGCCCGGCUCCGUGCACUGAGAGGAUGGCUCGGUUUGGGGAUGAUCUGCCAACCCGCUAUGGAGGUGGAGGGCCGGCCGGGGCUGGAAGAGGGAGCAGCCGGCAAGGUGGCCCCCAAGCCGGCCAAAGGAUGUAUAAGCAGUCGAUGGCUCAGAGGGCCAGGACUAUGGCUCUCUACAACCCCAUCCCUGUCAAACAGAACUGCUUCACAGUCAACAGAUCCCUCUUCAUCUUCAGUGAAGAUAAUGUUAUACGGAAAUACGCCAAGAGAAUAACAGAAUGGCCUCCAUUUGAAUACAUGAUUUUAGCUACAAUCAUAGCCAAUUGUAUUGUGCUGGCUCUGGAACAACAUUUGCCGGAUGGAGACAAGACACCUAUGUCAGAGAGAUUGGAUGACACUGAGCCGUACUUUAUUGGAAUAUUUUGUUUUGAAGCUGGUAUAAAAAUCAUCGCUCUGGGGUUUGUUUUUCAUAAAGGCUCUUACCUCCGAAAUGGUUGGAAUGUGAUGGAUUUUGUUGUGGUCCUCACAGGGAUUCUAGCAACUGCUGGGACUGAUUUUGACCUGCGGACCCUGCGAGCCGUCCGAGUGUUACGACCCCUGAAGCUUGUGUCAGGAAUCCCAAGCUUGCAGGUUGUCCUCAAGUCCAUCAUGAAAGCUAUGGUGCCCUUGCUUCAGAUCGGGCUGCUCCUCUUCUUCGCCAUUGUGAUGUUUGCCAUCAUCGGGCUGGAGUUUUACAUGGGGAAGUUUCACAAAACCUGCUUCUCUAAUGAGACAGGUGAUGAGGUGGGAGAUUUUCCUUGUGGAGAGGAGCCUCCUGCCAGGCAGUGCGAGAGUGGGACCACCUGCAGGGAGUACUGGCAAGGGCCCAACUAUGGCAUCACCAACUUUGACAAUAUCCUCUUUGCUGUGCUCACCGUCUUCCAGUGCAUCACCAUGGAGGGAUGGACUGACAUCCUCUACAAUACAAAUGAUGCUGCAGGAAAUACCUGGAACUGGCUUUACUUCAUCCCUCUCAUCAUCAUUGGCUCUUUCUUCAUGCUCAACUUGGUGCUGGGUGUCUUAUCAGGUGAAUUUGCCAAAGAACGAGAGAGGGUAGAAAAUCGUCGAGCUUUCCUGAAACUCCGUAGGCAGCAGCAAAUUGAACGGGAGCUAAAUGGGUACUUGGAGUGGAUCUUCAAAGCAGAGGAGGUCAUGCUGGCAGAGGAAGACAAGAAUGCGGAAGAGAAAUCUCCUCUGGAUGGGAGGGCCGCCUCGGAAGGGCCGAUUCAACAAGGCACGGCACCGGCAGAGACUAGCAGCGGCAGCAGCUACAACAUGUUGAAAAGAGCAGCAAUAAAGAAGAGCAAAAAUGACCUGAUUCAUGCUGAAGAAGGUGAGGACCAUUUCACAGACAUUUGCUCCGUUGGGUCUCCUUUUGCCCGUGCCAGUUUGAAGAGUGGGAAGAACGAGAGCUCGUCCUACUUCAGGAGGAAAGAGAAAAUGUUCCGGUUCUUCAUUCGGCGCAUGGUGAAAGCUCAGAGCUUCUACUGGAUCGUCCUCUGCGUGGUGGCCCUCAACACGCUCUGUGUGGCGAUGGUGCACUACGACCAGCCUGAGAAGCUCACCACUGCGCUAUAUUUCGCUGAGUUUGUUUUUCUGGGUCUGUUCCUAACUGAGAUGUCUUUGAAGAUGUAUGGACUGGGGCCAAGAAAUUACUUCCACUCUUCAUUCAACUGCUUUGACUUUGGGGUCAUUGUGGGAAGUAUAUUUGAAGUAAUUUGGGCUGCAGUGAAACCAGGUACCUCAUUUGGCAUCAGCGUAUUGAGAGCUCUUCGACUGCUGAGGAUUUUCAAAGUAACAAAGUACUGGAAUUCCCUGAGGAAUCUGGUGGUCUCCUUGCUGAACUCCAUGAAGUCCAUCAUCAGUUUGCUCUUCCUGCUGUUCCUGUUCAUUGUGGUGUUUGCUUUGCUGGGGAUGCAGCUCUUUGGAGGACAAUUCAAUUUUCAAGAUGAAACACCAACCACGAACUUCGAUACCUUCCCUGCUGCCAUCCUCACAGUAUUCCAGAUCCUGACUGGGGAAGACUGGAAUGCGGUGAUGUACCAUGGGAUAGAGUCGCAGGGUGGCGUCCGCUCGGGGAUGUUCUCCUCCAUUUACUUCAUCGUCCUGACAUUGUUUGGUAACUAUACGCUCCUGAAUGUCUUCUUGGCUAUCGCUGUUGACAAUCUGGCAAAUGCCCAAGAGCUGACGAAGGACGAGGAGGAGAUGGAGGAAGCCACCAACCAAAAGCUCGCCCUGCAGAAGGCCAAGGAAGUGGCAGAAGUCAGCCCCAUGUCUGCAGCUAACAUUUCCAUAGCCGCCAAGCAGCAGAACUCCUCCAAAUCCAAGUCCGUUUGGGAGCAGAGGACCAGCCAGAUCCGGAUGCACAACUUCCGAGCCAGCUGCGAGGCGCUGUACAACGAGCUGGAUCCGGAGGAGCGGGUGCGUUACGCUACCACCCUUCACAUCAGGCCAGACAUGAAGACUCAUCUGGAUCGGCCGCUGGUGGUAGAGCCGAGGGGCGAAGGGAGGAACAACAUCAGCAAGCUGAGCCCCGUGGAUGUGCAGGAGGUGGAGCAGACCAAAGUCAGCUCUACUGAUGGGGCAGAAGCUCCACGAAAGCACCACCGGCAUCGGGAUAAGGACAAACUGGGAGAGCAAGAGAAGGGUGAUGUGGCCAAGGAUGAGAACGGGGAAUCCGGCGCAAACAGUAAGGAGGAGCGGCACAGGCAGCACAGGAGCCGCAGCAAGGAGGUGGAAGGGGGGAGUAAGGAGGGGAAAAGUGAUCGCAACAGGGGUCAGGAAGGGGGAAAGAGGCACCAUCGCCGAGGGUCGGUGGAAGAGGGUGCCGAGAAGGAGCACCGUAGGCAUCGGACUCACCGGCACUCUGCUGAGCGACAAGGCAAGGAAGGCAACGGGACAAUCAACGGGGCGAGGAGCGAGCGGCGUUCCCGGCACCGGGGAGGGUCGAGGUCUGGGAACCGGGAAGGAGAACCUGGGUCCAAGGGUGAGAAUGGAGAAGAGCCUCACAGACGGCACAGGUUCAGGAACAGGGCGCUGUCGACGUACGAUUCGGUGGAGAAGGAGAACGGCGAGAAGGAGGGGGAGACUGGCGAGAAGGAGCACCGGAAUCAUCAGCCCAAGGAGAAUCAGUGUGAGAUUGAGGCUAGUGGAAGUGUGAGUGUCCCUGUGCACGCCCUCCCUAGCACCUAUCUGCAGAAAGUGCCUGAACAGCCAGAAGAUGCUGACAACCAGAAGAACGUGACGCGGAUGAUUCAGCCACCUCUGGACAAAACCACCACUGUGAAUAUCCCUGUCACUAUCACUGCCCCGCCGGGGGAAACCACUGUCAUACCAAUGAACAAUGUUGAAUUUGAAAGUAAAACAGAGGAGAAGAAAGACGUCGAUGACUUGACAAAAAACGGGCCUAAACCAAUCUUGCCUUACAGUUCCAUGUUUAUCCUAAGUCCUACAAAUCCAAUUCGGCGUCUGUUCCACUACAUCGUCAACCUGCGCUAUUUCGAGAUGGUCAUCCUCAUAGUUAUAGCCCUCAGCAGCAUUGCCCUGGCUGCAGAAGACCCUGUCCAAGCCGAGUCACCGAGGAAUGAUGCGCUGAAAUACUUGGAUUAUAUAUUUACAGGUGUCUUCACCUUUGAGAUGGUGAUCAAGAUGAUUGACUUGGGGCUGUUACUCCACCCUGGCUCCUACUUCCGUGACCUGUGGAAUAUCCUGGACUUCAUUGUGGUCAGUGGGGCCUUGGUGGCAUUUGCCUUCUCAGGAACCAAAGGCAAGGACAUCAACACAAUCAAGUCACUGCGAGUUCUGCGGGUCCUAAGACCGCUGAAGACCAUUAAACGGCUGCCUAAACUAAAGGCUGUCUUUGACUGCGUGGUGAAUUCUCUGAAGAACGUCCUCAAUAUCCUCAUAGUUUACAUGCUCUUCAUGUUCAUUUUUGCCGUCAUUGCUGUGCAGCUCUUCAAAGGCAGAUUCUUCUACUGCACUGAUGAGUCGAAGGAGCUGGAGAAGGACUGCAGGGGUCAGUACCUUGACUAUGAAAAAAAUGAGGUGGAGGCACAGCCCAGAGAAUGGAAAAAAUACGAGUUCCACUAUGACAACGUGCUUUGGGCUCUGCUCACGCUCUUCACUGUCUCCACGGGCGAAGGGUGGCCAACUGUGCUGAAGCACUCGGUGGAUGCUACCUACGAGGAACAGGGUCCCAGCCCUGGCUACCGAAUGGAAAUGUCUAUCUUUUACGUGGUGUAUUUUGUUGUCUUCCCUUUUUUCUUUGUGAACAUCUUUGUGGCGUUAAUCAUCAUCACCUUCCAAGAGCAAGGAGAUAAAGUGAUGUCAGAGUGCAGCCUCGAGAAAAAUGAGAGGGCCUGCAUAGACUUCGCCAUAAGUGCCAAGCCACUGACCCGCUACAUGCCUCAGAACAAGCAGUCUUUUCAGUACAAGAUGUGGAAAUUUGUGGUGUCCCCUCCCUUUGAGUAUUUUAUCAUGGUCAUGAUUGCACUCAAUACCAUUGUCCUAAUGAUGAAGUUCUAUGAUGCUCCAGAAGCAUAUGAAGAAAUGUUGAAAUGCCUGAAUAUUGUGUUUACAUCCAUGUUUUCAAUGGAAUGUGUGCUGAAGAUCAUUGCCUUUGGUGUGCUGAAUUACUUCCGAGAUGCCUGGAAUGUCUUUGAUUUUGUAACAGUGUUGGGAAGUAUUACUGAUAUUUUAGUAACAGAGAUUGCGGACACGGACAACUUCAUCAACCUCAGCUUCCUGCGGCUCUUCAGGGCAGCGAGACUUAUCAAGCUCCUUCGCCAGGGUUACACUAUCCGCAUCUUGCUCUGGACGUUUGUGCAGUCUUUUAAGGCCUUGCCUUAUGUGUGUCUCCUCAUUGCAAUGCUCUUCUUCAUCUAUGCCAUUAUUGGCAUGCAGGUAUUUGGAAAUAUUGCACUAGAUGAUGAAACCUCCAUUAAUCGGCACAAUAACUUCCGUACCUUCCUCCAAGCCCUGAUGCUUCUGUUCAGGAGCGCCACGGGGGAAGCCUGGCACGAGAUCAUGCUGUCGUGCCUGAGUAACAGAGCCUGUGACCCACUCUCCGGCCUCACCAAAAAUGAAUGCGGCAGCGAUUUUGCCUAUUUCUACUUCGUGUCUUUCAUCUUCCUGUGCUCCUUCCUGAUGUUAAACCUGUUUGUGGCUGUGAUUAUGGACAACUUCGAAUACCUGACAAGAGACUCCUCCAUCCUUGGGCCCCAUCAUCUGGAUGAGUUUGUUCGUGUCUGGGCUGAAUAUGACCCAGCUGCCUGUUGCCGGAUUCAUUAUAAGGAUAUGUACAAUUUGUUACGUGUAAUUGCUCCACCCCUGGGCUUAGGAAAGAAGUGCCCUCAUAGGGUGGCAUACAAGCGCCUGGUGCGGAUGAACAUGCCCAUCUCGCCUGAAGAUUUAACCGUCCACUUCACAUCCACGCUGAUGGCCUUGAUCCGCACUGCCCUAGAAAUCAAGCUUGCCUCAGGGGGUGUUAAACAGCACCAGUGUGAUGCUGAGCUGAGAAAGGAGAUCUCACUGGUUUGGCCCAAUCUGUCCCAGAAGACUCUGGAUUUGCUGGUGCCUCCUCACAAACCUGAUGAGAUGACUGUGGGGAAGGUCUACGCAGCGCUGAUGAUAUUCGACUUCUACAAGCAGAAUAAGAACAGCAGGGAACAAGUCCACCAGCCGUCUGGAGGCCUGUGCCAGCCCGGGCCCGUGUCGCUCUUCCACCCGCUGAAGGCCACUUUGGAGCAAACCCAGCCCACAGCAUUCAACAACGCAAAGGCGUUCCUUCGCCAGAAAAGCUCGGCCUCACUCAACAACGGGGGCGCCCUGCCAGCCCCAGAGGGUGGGAUCAAAGAGUCCAGUUCUUGGGGGACCCAACGCACCCAGGACGUGUUUUAUGAAACCAGGACACCAGCUUUUGAACGAGGCCACUCAGAAGAAAUCCCCAUUGAACGGGUGGUAGAAAUGAGGGAAAUCAGCCCCACGCUUACCAAUGGAGAGCACCAGCCAGGCCUGGAGAGCCAGGGGCGGGCGGCUUCCAUGCCGCGCCUGGCUGCCGAAACUCAGCCCAUCCCGGACACGAGCCCCAUGAAGCGCUCCGUCUCCACGCUGACCCCACAGCGUCCUCACGCCAUGCACCUCUACGAAUACUCUUUGGAGCGCAUGCCGCCGGAGCAAGGGCAUCACCACCACCACCACCGCUGCCACAGGCGGAAAGAGAAGAAGCAGAAGUCCUUGGACAGGUCCCCCCAUCAGCUGGCCGAUGGAGAAGCUGUGGCCCAGUCUGGCGAGUCUUCUUCCAAGGACAAGAAGCAGGAACGCGGCCGGUCCCAAGAGAGGAAGCAGCACUCUUCCUCCUCCUCUGAAAAGCAGCGCUUCUAUUCCUGCGACCGCUACGGCAGCCGGGACCGGUCUCAGCCCAAGUCUGCCGAUCAGAGCAGGCCCACCUCACCCAACGGAGGGCCUGAGCAAGGUCCACACAGACAGGGCAGUGGUUCAGUUAAUGGGAGCCCCUUGCUGUCGACAUCUGGUGCUAGUACCCCAUGCCGGGGUCGGAGGCAGCUCCCACAGACUCCACUAACCCCACGCCCCAGCAUCACUUACAAGACCGCUAACUCCUCGCCCGUGCACUUCACCAGUUUCCAAACCGGCCUGCCCACUUUCUCCCCGGGACGCCUGAGCCGCGGCUUGUCCGAGCACAACGCGCUGCUGCGCGGGGACCAGCAGCCGCCCCCGCCGGUGGUGGCCCGCAUCGGCUCCGACCCCUACCUGGGGCACCGCGAUGACGCCGACAGCCCCUACCGCGCGGUGCCGGAGGACACCCUCACCUUCGAGGAGGCGGUGGCCACCAACUCGGGACGGUCCUCAAGGACUUCUUACGUCUCCUCCUUGACCUCCCAGUCUCACCAAAUCCGCAGGGUGCCCAAUGGCUAUCAUUACACGCUGGGUCUCAACACGGGCCCCGGGACCGGCACCAGAGGACGUAGUUACUACCACGAAGCGGAUGAGGAUGACUGGUGCUAACGGCAUGGCAAAACCCUUCAAGGUGUGCGUGUUAAAAAUUGAUGAGUUUUAUCAUCUGGAAGGCUGUGCGCUGCGACGUGCGCGGUGCCCGGGGCUGGAGGGGGCCCCUGGGGCAGCCCCCGCUGUGAGAACUGCUCUGCCCAUGGGUCCGGAGACACUCCUGCAGCCUCUCUCCUCUCUUUCUCAUUUUUUUUUUUUUGGUUUUUCUUUUUCUUUUUCUUUUUUUUUUUUUUUCACUAGACAAAUCGAGGAAGAAGGCUCCCUCCAUAGGGGGAAGGCAGUGGGGGGAGCGCAUCUCUCUCUCCCUCUCUCGCCCGCCUCCCUACUGCCUUGUCUAGUUCAAAGACACGCACCAGAUGCCAAAUCCACGAUGCACGUGAGAAGCCAAGAGAAGAGCAGUCCUCACCUGUGAGAGCAGAAAGAGCAGACUGUCGAUCUUUUCCGAGAUUGGCGCAGUUUUUGUUGGGCUAUUUUGUAAUUAGUUUAUUAUUUAUUUUUUCCCCCCCGGUCGGGGUGGGAGUUGGGGGUUGCAAAUGAACACACACGAACCGAGAUUGCAGCCGCGUUUUAUCUCGUUCACCACUAAGAAGGAAAAGAUCUACCCAAGAAACUAGGAGAUGAAACACACAGACCAGAACAAAGGAUAGUCCAGUCGGACUUGAUGUUCAGCCACAGCAAUCCUUUUCGGCGGAGCCACUGACGUACCCCCGAGCUGGCCGAGCGCUCGGGCAGCCGGGACUCUGCUUUGACACCGCUGCUAUGUGGAUUUCUCUUAUUUUACUCACCACGUUGGGUCCGUCACGCUGACACAUGAUAAAGCCACAAGAGAACUACUUUGUAAGGACUGUUUCCUUGCUGCUGAGACUUUUCUUUCCGUCCCUCUCUCCUGUCGACUGCAACACGCCCUCACUGUUUUGUCUUGUUUACAAUAUAAGCUUGAUUUAGCAAAAAACAACUAAAAAAAAAUCCAGAAAAAAAAAUAUAA